CAAGCUGCAUCUGGCAGUUUAUGCAGGCCAGGCCCCGCGUGAGCAGAUACUGAUGUCUCUAAAAGAGAAACGGGGUGGGAAUGUCAUGUCCCACUAUAUACAUCGGAGCCUGGAAUGUCUGAGCAGUGGUCUUUUUGGCCUAGUGUGUAACUCGCCAGUCCAGGGGCAGGUUGUAACAGGGAACCAUUUUAUGCAUGAACAAUCCAAAAGCUCGAUGAAGAGUGUCACAGCAGUCUCGAAGCCGUUUUAUCGCUUUCAAUGGGAAGGGACCACUGGACUAAUUAAAGUGAUCCCUUCAAAACGUCAUGAUGUAGCCACAACCAAGCUCAAUCGACCAAUCUACAUGAAGCUUAUUGCAAUGGGACUCAGAUAG